AUGGAGAAAACCAGGGAAGUAGAAGAGAGAACUAAAGCCAUGGAGGAAGCAACCCAGGCAGUCGAGCACUGGAAAGCCCAAGCUCUUUUAACAGGGCACCAGGCGGUCCAGACUCACGAUCUGCUCGAACAGAUAAAGCAGAAAAACAAAAAAUUGGAGACAGCUGUGGAGAACCGGCAGAAGAAAAAGGUCCCGGUGACGUUUGACGACGUUGCCGUCUAUUUCUCUGAGGAGGAGUGGGAGAUUCUGGCAGAAUGGCAGAGGGAGCUUUACAAGGAGGUGAUGAAGGAGAACUUGGAGACUGUGCUUUCUCUAGAACCUCCCUGCCCCUUCUCCAACCUCGUGGCCCCCUUACCGUGCCGCUCAGAACAGCGAGUCGGGCUCCACGCGCAGCCCGACACGCUGCCGCGCUCCCCCAUGGAGCGCAUAGCCCGGUUCCCGCCCUCGCAGAGCUUCCAGAUCCCCAGACGUGGCAUCGUGUCCCUGAUGGAGCGAGGGGGCGAGGCCUGUGUCCAGUAUCCCAGGGACCCUGCACCUGAGACCCACUUGGGGGGAAAUGGCUUCCUAGGCCCUGCCCAAGAAGCGGACGCCAUCGAUCUGAUGCAGCCGCAGCAGGCUAGAGAAGCCCCGUCUCUCCCCAGCUGUGAUGCACGUGUCCAGUGGGGCCGCAGCAGCUGCAGCGAGUUUGGGCCGCGGGUGCAGCCUGGCUCCCAGCGGGGGAAGGCUCCUGAGUUCCUGGGCCGCUGGGGAACUGGCUCUGGAGCAAUGCACGACGGGCAUGAGGACACCUCCGGGUUGCAGCCGAACCGCCGGCAGAGCCAGGCUGAGGAGCAGCCGCGCCGGCGCCCCAGAGGCAAGGGCAGCGCAGCCGCGCAGCACCGCCCGAGAGCUGAGCGGGAGGCCAGGCCGCUGCAGUGCCCCCACAGCGUGAAGAGCUUCACCGCGCGGCCCAGGCUCACCGAGCACCUGCGGACGCACUCGGGCGACAGGCCCUUCAAGGGCCCAGACUGCGGCAAGACCUUCGGCAAGCACUCGGUCUUGGUGGUGCACCGCCACAACCACACGGGCGAGCGCCCCUUCCCGUGCCCGGCCUGCGAGAAGCGCUUCAGCCACCGCUCCCACUUGACGGUGCACCAGCGCAUCCACGGGGGCGAGCGCCUCUACUCCUGCGCCGACUGCCACAAGAGCUUCAUCAGCCAGUCCCAGCUCACAGUGCACCGGCGCACACACACGGGCGAGCGGCCCUACGCCUCCGCCGAGUGCCAGCGGCGCUUCAGCCACCGCUCCCACCUCAUGGUGCACCAGCGCACGCACACCGGGGAGCACCCCUACCGCUGCCUCAAGUGCGGCAAGGGCUUCCACCAGCCCACCAACCUGCCCGCUCACCAGCGGACUCACCUGGCGGAGAGGGCCCUGCCGUGCAGCCAGCCUGCCCGUGCCUUGCUGAGCCCCAGGGAGAGCACCUAG